AUGGGCCGACAACUAAGGCCAAGAAGAUCCAAAGCAAACUACGCGGCGGCUUUAGCAGCAUUCGAUUCAGAGGAUGAAAACGACAAUCCGGUUGCAUCUUCGUCCGCCGCCAUUGACACAUUAGAGGAUCCCGACAGCGGCAGCGACUUCAACCCCGAGAAAAACAAAAAUGGAAAGGACAAUAAUGACGAAGAAGAAGAGGACGAAGACGAAGACGAGGAUGCGGAUGCAGAAGGAGUGGACGACAUUACGGAUGAAGAAGUAGAAGAAGAGGCACCUAAACCGACUCGCUCAGCAGAGACGAAGACACCACCCGCUAAGGGAAAACAAAAAGCAAAAGCAGAGUCUGCGUCUGUCGGGCCUCCACCGGCAAAAAGACAAAUGUAUGCGCUUCCGGCACGAAGCGUCCAUCACCGACAUCGGGCUGUACCGCUAUAUUCACGCGAAGGACGCGUCGAACGCCUUACCUCUCGUCCUAGAAUCUUCGGUGCUCCAUCUACAUCCCUUACAAACUGUGUUACGGAGAAUUCCAAGAUAUCUGACCGGGUUAACAAGUCCUGGGGAUACAAUAUUGGCUCUGGGCCGCUGUGGGAUCUUGCCGAGGACAGAGGCUGGUACAAGGAGGCCAUAACCACCGCAGAUGACGCAGACACGGAAGCGAAUCGUAGGCCUAGGGUGUAUUCGAACUUGAAAGUCGUGCAACAUCUCGAAGUUAUCAGUAUACAAGAUGCAGCUCCGUAUCUACCCACAGAUGAUGUGACUACGACAGAGGGAAACCUUCAGCCCCCUCCUGCACUUCCCUGCUACUUCGGUCCUAUUAAGAAGCAAACACUGGAAAUUAUGAACAUGUUUGAAUCUAUCCCAAUGUCAAAAUACUUUUCAGAAAGCAAGGCUCUCGUUUUUAACGCCGGUGCACCCGUUUGGGGAAUGGAUUGGUGUCCGAUUCAUCCUGAAGACCGGGCAGCUCGGUCAUACAAACAAUACCUCGCUGUUGCCCCUUUCCCUUCUCGUUCUCAUUCACCGGAUAUUGGAAAAAGGGUGGCUCGACCUUCAUAUGCCUGUAUUCAAAUAUGGUCAUUAUCCAGUCUUAACCCGUCUAAACCAAAUGACGACGGACAAAUGAAAUGUGAAAUGGUUCUCUGUUUAGAUACCGGACCUGCCUACGACCUAAAGUGGUGCCCACUUCCCUCUCAUGAUCUAAAAAAUGACACGACACAGGGAAAGAAGCUAGGUCUCCUUGGAGGAACAUUUGAAGAUGGUUCAUUUUCGUUAUUUGUCGUGCCUGAGCCGUCAAAUUUUGCAUCGCCGGAGGGCGACGACCAACAUCCAUUGUCAAACCCCCUGCUCCGGAUUGAACUCGAGCAAGCUUGCUGUUGGAGCUUUGAUUGGGCUAAUAGUGAAGUCAUCGCCAUCGGGACGACCAACGGUGCCAUUCUGGUCUACGACAUAGGAUCGGCUCUCAGAUCCUACGGCGACUUCAGUCAACCAACAAUAGUCGAUCUUCUUCCCACCUACUACCUCCUUGUCCAUCAGUCUGCUGUCCGCGCGUUGAGCUGGAUUAGGGCACCACCGUGUUCAUCUUCCGGUACACCUGCCAUCGAUCAAGAUCCCAUUGUUAUCGCCAGUGCUGGCUAUGACGGUAUGGAAUGUCUGACUGAUAUUCGUGAGGGGCGUGGGUCAGUCAUGAACCGUACGAGAGAUGUCAUAAACGCACUCGCAUUUUCACCAUUUGCAGGUGGACCGAUCACUAUGGACCAUGAAAACACAGUUAAAGCCUAUUCCGCCUCGCCCAGUAUGUUGGGACGAGGACAUUCUCUUUUCGAACCGUUGGGCCCCAUUUGGAGUGUGCAUGCCUCGGACUUUCAUCCACAAUUGGCUGUCGGUGCUUCUGACGGAACCCUUUCCACGACCAACAUGCUGAGAUCAACGAGAAGAGGUGGCUCUGUCCCGUUCUUCGUGCAUAAAAUUUUCCAGAUGGAUUACAACCGCAUUACCAAGGAGUAUCGUAUGCUGGACCAUUUCCUCCCUCAGGAAUCAAUUGAUCGUCCGACAGCAACACGGGCCGCGAAAGGCAAAUCUAAAAAGGAUGCAGAAGUGUUCCCUCCCAGCACCGGCGCGUGGCCGAGAGAGGUGGGUGUACAUCGCGUCGUAUGGAACAACGGGAAUGGCCUGGCGUCCUCUGGCAUGAUUGCUGCUGGAACGUCCUCCGGAUUGUGCAGGGUUGACUUGCUGUGGGGUCGGUGGGUCAAGGAUAAGAUCCCGUAUGGUAGUGUUUCUGGCAUUCGGAUGGAGGAUGGCGAUGCGAUGGAAGUGGACUCCGAUGAAGAUGCUUCCGGCGAUGAUUCUGACUAG